UAGCAACGAGUUAACAAACGAAUCGCACUCGACUGGUUAGUUCGCUCAAAAAGAUCUUAUUGUGCGUUAAUUGGUCAUCUUUGUUUGUCGAAGGCAACGUGUCUGACAACAUGUUUGCACAAGAAAGCGUGUAUAAUGCGCUCGUGGAGGAGGACGAUGGUGUUUUGGAGUCGUCACUGGGGUACAUGUCCAAGUUCCGGCCUCAAGUUGUUCAGGAGCACAAGCAGAGAAAAAGUCCAAUGAAAACGAUGGGACCGUUGAAAGUCGACGCCCCGUCCCCUGACAAGUUCCUCAAAAAGCAUUCAAAAGAGCCCAAACUGCCUGGAAACACGCUCGUCGAGGGUCAACGUAUUCACAUCCUGAGGAAGCCGCCGGUUCCAGGGAGGAAGGAGAAACCCAUCAUGGGCAUCCAGAGCGGCACCAACUUCAUCAAGUCCAACACGGUGGUCGUGCCGCGGACCAUGUACAGAGCCAUCCAGGCCCGCAGCUACAAGAAGAAGAAGGAUUAUGGAGAAAUGCCCCUCUACCUGGUGAAGAGGAAGCUGGAAUGUGAGAGGGUCCAGGAGGAGUACGAGGAGGAGCUGAGACGACAGGAGGCCGAGGCGUCCAAACACCUGUCUAAAGAGGAGAAGGAGAACAUUCUGGAGGGUCUGAAGAAGAACUGGUCCAUCCUGCACCACGAGUACCAGCGUCUGCCCUUCAUCAUCUGCACCAUGGUGCGGCAGAAGCGCAAGGAGGAGCUGGAGAAUCAGCUGGACCAGCUGGAGAAGGACAUCAGCCUCCUGGAGAGGUUCAACACCAUCUACAUCACCGACUGAACCACUCUGGACCGGUGAACUUGUGAUUUGAAAUAAGUAGACAGGCUCCAGAAAACACUGUUGCAAACCCACUGAAGAUUCAGACUCAGCUGCUGCCCACGGAUCAUGUGACCUCCAGAUGAAAUCCUGUCACAGUAUUUUACAGUCAGUGUUCCCAAA